CCCUCAACCCCUCCAUCCCCCUCUACCCAUCCCUCACUCUCAUCCCCACCAUCACCCUCAACCCAUCCCUCACCCUCAACCCCUCCAUCACCCUCUAUCCAUCCCUCACCCUCAACCCAUCCCUCACCCUCAUCCCAUCCAUCACUCUCAUCCCCACCAUCCCCCUCAACCCAUCCCUCACCCUCAACCCCUCCAUCCCCCUCUACCCAUCCCUCACCCACAACCCCUCCAUCACCCUCAACCCAUCCCUCACCCUCAACCCCUCCCUCACCCUCAACCCCUCCAUCACCCUCAACCCCUCCGUCACCCUCUCCCUCACCCUCAUCCCCUCCCUCACCCUCAUCCCCUCCAUCCCCCUCAACCCAUCCCUCACCCUCAUCCCCUCCAUCCCGCUCAACUCAUCACUCGCUCUCAUCCCCACCAUCCCCCUCUCGCCAUCCCUCACCCUCAACCCCUCCAUCACCCUCUACCCAUCCCUCACCCUCAACCCAUCCCUCAACCCCCACAACCCCUCCAUCACCCUCAACCCAUCCCUCACCCUCAACCCCUCCAUCACCCUCUACCCAUCCCUCACCCUCAACCCCUCCAUCCCCCUCUACCCAUCCCUCACCCACAACCCCUCCAUCACCCUCAACCCAUCCCUCACCCUCAAACCCUCCAUCACCCUCAACCCAUCCAUCACCCUCAACCCCUCCAUCACCCUCUACCCAUCUCUCACCCUCAACCCCUCCAUCACCCUCAACCCAUCCCUCACCCUCAACUCCUCCAUCACCCUCUACCCAUCCCUCACCCUCAACCCCUCCAUCUCCCUCUGCCCAUCCCUCACCCUCAACCCCUCCAUCAUCCUCAACCCAUCCCUCACUCUCAUCCCCACCAUCCCCCUCAACCCAUCCCCCACCCUCAACCCCUCCAUCACCCUCAACCCAUCCCUCACCCUCAUCCCCUCCAUCCCCCUCAACUCAUCCCUCACUCUCAUCCCCACCAUCCCCCUCUCGCCAUCCCUCACCCUCAACCCAUCCCUCACUCUCAACCCAUCCCUCACCCUCAAACCCUCCAUCACCCUCAACCCAUCCCUCACCCUCAACCCCUCCAUCACCCUCUACCCAUCUCUCACCCUCAACACCUCCAUCACCCUCAACCCAUCCCUCACCCUCAACCUCUCCAUCACCCUCAACCCAUCCCUCACCCUCAAACCCUCCAUCACCCUCAACCCAUCCAUCACCCUCAACCUCUCCAUCACCCUCUACCCAUCUCUCACUCUUAACACCUCCAUCACCCUCAACCCAUCCCUCACCCUCAACCCCUCCAUCACCCUCAACCCAUCCCUCACCCUCAACCCCUCCAUCACCCUCCACCCAUCCCUCACCCUCAACCCCUCCAUCCCCUUCCUCACUCUCAUCCCCACCAUCCCCCUCAACCCAUCCCUCACCCUCAACCCCUCCAUCACCCUCAACCCAUCCCUCACCCUCAACCCCUCCAUCACCCUCAACCCAUCCCUCACCCUCAUCCCCUCCAUCCCCCUCAACUCAUCCCUCGCUCUCAUCCCCACCAUCCCCCUCUCGCCAUCCCUCACCCUCAACCCAUCCCUCACUCUCAACCCAUCCCUCACCCUCAAACCCUCCAUCACCCUCAACCCAUCCCUCACCCUCAACCCCUCCAUCACCCUCUACCCAUCUCUCACCCUCAACACCUCCAUCACCCUCAACCCAUCCCUCACCCUCAACCUCUCCAUCACCCUCAACCCAUCCCUCACCCUCAAACCCUCCAUCACCCUCAACCCAUCCAUCACCCUCAACCUCUCCAUCACCCUCUACCCAUCUCUCACCCUCAACACCUCCAUCACCCUCAACCCAUCCCUCACCCUCAACCCCUCCAUCACCCUCCACCCAUCCCUCACCCUCAACCCCUCCAUCCCCC